AUGCUUGUCCGCGGCGCCACGCAGCCGCCGGUGGCGGCAGCGCCCCCGGCGGCUGUUGCAGGCCCCGCCGCGACCGAGGCGGAGACAGAGGUCUUUGUUUGCGGCUUCACAGGUCGGCGCUUCAAGUCGCGCGGCGCCUGGGAGAACUACACAAACUCGAAGAAGUACCGCGCGCUGAGUGCUGUCCGCCACGCGCAGUCACGCGGCGCAAAGCCUCAGCCGGCCGGCGAGUGCGAUGGGCCGGCUCCGGAGAGUGCGAGCGAGUCGGGCGACGAGUCGGGCUGGGAGGAGGUGGAGGAGGCGUGGGUGCCACGGUGGAGGGAGAGCCUCUUCGACGGGCGGGAGAGCGCGUCGUUCGAGGCCAACGUCCGCCGGAUGGGCCGGCGGUACGGCUUCCACGUGCCAGAGCCGGACUGCCUGCUCGACCCGCGCGGCCUCUUCUCGCACCUGCAGCGCAAGCUGUGCGAGCGGCACGCGUGCGUUCUGUGCGACCGCACCUUCCGCUCGCUCGAGGCGGUGCGGCGCCACAUGCUUGACAAGCGCCACUGCCGCCUCUGCCUCGAGCGCGAGGCGACGCUGCGCGAGGUGGCCCCCUUCUACGACGUGCCCUCCCUCUGGCUGGUGCGGAGGCACGGCGUGGGGCACGUGGACGAGCUGGGCGAGCUGGUGCUGCCGCGCGGCGCGAGGCUGGGCACGCGGAGCCUCCGCCGCAUCUACCGGCAGAGCUACGCCGCCGAAGACGCGCGGCCGAGCGCGCGGCACCGCCUCCUGCUGCGGAGCGCGGCGGUGGCCAACGGCACUUCAAAGGCGCUCGCCUCCGGGUACGUGCACAAGGCGGACUUCGCGGACAACAAGCACGCGCGCGCGCUGCAGCACCACGGGUACGGCGGCUUCGGCGGCGGCGCCCACUUCACGAUGGGCCACUCGAAGCAGUUCCAGAAGGGAGCCUGCGGCGUCGAGCUUGGCUGA